AUGGAGAGCCUCCUGGAGCAUGUGGAGAAAGACCUGGGCAUCGACCGCAGCCAGCUGGCUGCAGCCCCGGAGAGUGCUCACGUGGUCGCGUUGGUGCCCGCUAAGUGGCUGGCGAGCCUGAAGGAGCGGGGGGUGCUGCCCAGCCUGUGCCCACGUCCCGAGGGUCUCAGCGAGGCGGAAGUGCGCACCUGCUUCCAGCGCUCAGUGCAGAAGUUGCCCCCUGGCUGGACCAGGGUAGAGGUCCACGGGCUGAGGAAAGACCGGCUGCGCUACCUACUGGCCACGACGCACGGCACGCACAGCGACCCCAAGGGACGGCCGGAGACCCUGCACAGGUUCAUGCAGAACGUGGCUUCGCAGAACUACCGGAACUUGUGGGCCCGAGCCCAUCGCUGGUUCGUGCAGCCCUACUGCCACGCCCACGACCCACCCAUCGCCCCCGUCUUGGAGGUGCUUCGCACUGCCCUCCAGAAACUCUAUGGUUGCCCUUUAGUCCAAGUGGGAAGGAGCGUGUCCUGCCCUUCUCCUGCCAAAGAGUGGGGCUCGCCCAGCAGGGGCCGACAGCCCUGCCCUAGCGUCCUCCCAGCAGAAGUGAUCUUAGAGUCCUCGGAAAUGCUCUACGUGCUCUUCCCCUAUGUGCAGUACUCCCUGCACGACAUUGUCACCUUCAGCCCCGCCAAGCUCUCCAACAGCCACGCCAAGCUCCUUUUCAUCCUCUUCCAGAUUCUUCAGGCCAUGCAAGCUUGCCACGGGGCGGGGCUGGCAUGCGGGGCCUUCUCCUUGCACGAAGUGGCUGUGGACGAAAAGCUGUGCGCUCAGCUCCGGGUUCACCUGCAGGAUUACGAGCAAACGCCAGGGGAAGAAGGGACGGAAGCCGCAGGUGGCAGUGCUGGCGGGGGCCCAGCGGCGGGGGAAAGCGGCCCCGUGGAGAAACCAGCAGCUCCCCUGGAGGGACUUGGGGGUCUCAUGCUGGACUGGGUAAACGGCCGGCUCAGCAACUUUGACUAUCUCAUGCAUCUGACCCGCUUGGCGGAGCGGCGGGUGGGAGACCCCAACUAUCACCCGGUUCUCCCGUGGGUGGUGGAUUUCACCAUCAAAAACGGCAGGUUCCGGGACCUGCGGAAGUCCAAGUUCCGCCUCAACAAGGGCGACAAGCAGCUCGACUUCACCUACGAGAUGACCAAGCAGGCCUUUGUGGCCGGAGGGGGCCUGGGGGGAGAGCAGCCUCAUGUCCCCCACCACAUCUCGGACGUACUUUCGGAUAUCACCUACUACGUCUACACAGCCCGGCGGACUCCCAAAGCCGUGCUGUGCUCCCACGUGAGGUCCCAGUGGGAGCCCAACGAGUACCCGGCCAAUAUGGAGCGCAUGCAGGCCUGGACCCCGGACGAAUGCAUCCCGGAGUUCUACUCGGACCCCACCAUCUUCAAGUCCAUCCACCCGGACAUGUUGGACCUCGAAGUGCCAGCUUGGUGCGGCUCUUGCGAGGGGUUUGUGGCGGCCCACCGGGCUCUGCUGGAGAGCUGGGAGGUGUCUCAGGACCUCCACCACUGGAUCGACCUGACGUUCGGCUACAAGCUGGUGGGGAAGGACGCGGUCCGGGAGAAGAACGUCUGCCUCCAUCUGGUGGACAACCACACCCACCUGACCAGCUACGGGGUCGUGCAGCUCUUCAGCCAGCCCCACCCCAGGCGCUUGGCGGGGCCUCUGCUCCUUCCGGCUGAAGCUCCCUUGGCUGUGAAGCCGCUCAUCCCCCCGGUGGAGGAGACCAGAGUCCUAGAGGACCUGAAGGACCAGCUGGCUGAUGGUGUUGGCGGGCUUUUCUUGGAGGUAGAGCAAGGAGCUGAGGCCCUGGAGGCCAUUCCUGUGGCGGGCAGAGGGGUAGAGCCGCUCACUCCCGGCAUACUUUCCGCACAGCCUGCUGGGGCCCCUGUGGAUGGCAAGCAUCUCGGCCGCAGGGCCAAGGCCCCCGCGCAGGCGGAAGCAGCCGAUGUGAAGAUUGUGUUCCCGGAGGGCUGCAAUGUGCUGCAGGCCGUGGAGGAGCUGGAGCGGCUGGACGCUUUCAUCCUGAAGGGCUUGCACGGCAGACUGCCGGAGCCGGAGCAGCCCCUGCCCACGCCCCCGUUGGGGCUCUCGGCACUGUUCCAAAGGGACAUGCAGGCGCUGGGGGUCCUGGUGACCGAGAUCAUCUUUGCCUCCAAGCUGCGGGCCGUGAAGCCGGUCGCCACGUUGUCGGAACGCUUCCAAGUGGCCUGGAGGCUUUGCCAGUAUCACCCAAAGGAGAUCCCAGCUCCACUUCAGCAUCUGCUGGAAACGCUGCUGAGGCUGAGCAUCCCGGAUGCGCAGCUUUGGGGGGAGCUGGCGGGCUCGGGGGAGACCCCGCUGUUCGCCUACGAGCCCAUCUGGCAAGGCCUCCCUCCCCCGUGCCCCUCCCAGCUGCUGAGCCCUUUCGGGGCCGUCCUGCCCUUCCCGCCCUACUUCCCAGCUCUGCACAAGUUCAUCUUCACCUACCUGUCCAGGAGGGCGGAAGACGAGGGGCAAGGGCGUGAGCUGGUGUUCCAGCUGUGGCAGCAGCUGGAAGGAGUGCUGCAGGACAAUACCCCGGAGGGCUUGGAGAUCUUGCUGCCCUUCGUCCUGGCCCUGAUGUCGGAGGAGAAGACGGCCGUCCAUGCCGCCUGGUACCUCUUUGAGCCCAUCGCCAAGGCCUUGGGCCCCAAGAACUCCCACAAGUACUUGCUGAAGCUCUUGAUCUCCGCCUACGAGAGCCCCCGCGGCCUGCACGGGCGCUUCUACCUGUACACCGACUGUUUCGUGGCCCAGCUCAUGACGCGCCUGGGGCUGCAGUUGUUCCUCUCCCACCUGCUGCCCCACAUCCUGCAGGUCCUGGUGGGGGUGGAGGGCUCUGCCCAGGAGGAGAACGGGGCCUUGCUGUUGGGAGCGGCAGAGGAUGACGAGAGCGGGGAGGGCAGCCCCGUGCCUGGAUCCUUUGGGGAGGAGAUCAAGGGCGACGCGGACCGGGGCUCGGGGGCUCUGGAGCUGCUGGACUACAUGUCAGGCAUCAGCUUGCAUGACCAGGGUUACCUGCCAGAGGGCGAGGACUUCCAGAACGGGCUGUACGUGGCAGAGAGCCUGCAGGAGCCGGAGUCCCUGAGCCUGGGGCACCUGAGUGACAAGAGCAGCGCCAGCGAGGUCUCCUUGGGGGAGGACCGGCCAGCCGCCGACGGGGAGUCCCUGAAGGACAAGGCCAGCCUGGAGUCCCUGGACAGCAGCCAAGAUCUGAAGCACAGCGAAGAGGAGGACGAGCAGGGCCAGGGGGACAGGGAGGAGGACCAGGAGGACGCUCCCUUGGUCGCAGAAGAGCUCCCAGUGUCUGUGGAAGCCCGCCUGGCCGAGGAGGAGGAGGAGGAAGAGGUGGUUGAUAAGUCCGAACAGGAGUUGCCCGACCACGACGGAGAUAAGGAGCAGACAAUCUUGCUAGACACAGCCAACAAGACAGUGAGGUGGCUUUCUGCCAGGCUGGGCCCCACCACGACCUGCCGCUACAUCGCCAGGAACCUUCUCCGGCUGCUGAUCUCUUGCUAUGCUGGUCCCCACAGGCAACAGUUUGUGGCUGGCACAGAAGAGAACAGCCCUCUGAGCGCUGGAAGCAUUUACCAGAAGCGACCAGUGCUGGGGGACGUUGUGUCUAAGCCGGUGCUGGCUUGUCUGAUGCAUAUAGCGCACCUGUAUGGAGAGCCUGUCCUCACCUACCUGUACCUCCCGUAUCUCAGCUACCUGGUGACCCCUAGCACUGGGGCAGGCGCUGGCCGGCUAAACAGCCGCAAAGAAGCCGGUCUCCUGGCUGCCGUGACACUGACCCAGAAGAUCGUAGUCUACCUCUCGGACACCACCCUGAUGGACAUCCUGCCGAAAAUCAGCCAGGAGAUCCUGCUGCCUGUUCUUGGCUUCCUCACUUCGCCAACCAUCAGUUUCCCUAGUGGGGUCCAGGCCCGGCUUAUCUUGUGCAUCAAGGGCAUCAGCCUCGUGGCACUAGUCGCUUUGCGGAUCGGGUCAGAAAUGGUGCAGCAACACCUAAGUAGCACCCUCCAGAUGUUCUUUGAGGCGUUCUCAUCGCCGCUGGCAGAGCAGGGUCUGCCUAUGGGCCAGGCAGGGCUGCUUCCCCAUGACCCAUCUGCUCUGGAGGAGCUGCAGAAGGUCUUCAGCCCUGAGAUGGCUUACUCCACCUUCGUGCCCUUCUCUUGCUUGCUAGGGGACGUCAUCCGCACCAUCGUCCCAAAUCACGCGUCGGUCGGCCGUCUGGCGAGUCAGUACUUGGCGAGCGUCCCGUCCAGCGAGGAGCCCUCGCCAGGCGUGACUCCUUUGGAGCACAGCACCUUGGGCGCGGACCCCUUCUCCAGCCCUUGCGAGGACACCCAUUCGGGCACCUUCGGAAGCGUGUUGGUGGGCAACCGCAUCCAGAUCCCCGUGGAAGCCCAGCAGGAGGUCUCCGGCAGCCCCAGCCGCUUCUGCCUCGCCGCGGGGGGCAAGGAGGAGAGCGCCCUGAAGCAGGAGCUGCUGCGCAGCGCCCACCUGCUGUGCGGCAACUGGCUGGCCUACUGGCAGUACGAGAUCGGGGUGAGCCAGCACGACGCCCGCUUCCACUUCCACCAGAUCAAGCUGCAGAGUUUUGUGGGCCACCUGGGGGCCAUCAAGUGCAUGGCGCCGCUCAGCGGCGAGGACUUCUUCUUGAGUGGCAGCAAAGACAAGACCGUCUGCCUGUGGCCUCUCUACAGCCGGGGCGACGGCACCCACGAGAUCAGCCCCCGGCUGACCUACGCCCAGCACAGGAAGUCCGUCUUCUAUGUCGGCAUGCUGGAAGCGCCGCAGUACGCCGUUAGCUGCGACAGCGCCAUCCAUAUCUGGGACCCCUUCACGGGCAAGCUCAUCCACGCCUUUGAGGCACCAGACAGCAAAGUGCCCGUCACGGCUGUGAGCGCCAUGCCGCCCCCCUACAACAGUGUCGGCAUGGCCAGUGCAGAUUCAGUCUUGCGUUUCAUCGACCACCGGAAACCAGGAUUGCAGCAUGAAUUUCGGCUGGCCACAGGGGCAAACGCUGGCCUCAUCCGUUGCCUGGCUGUCAGUCCCAGUGGGCGGAGCAUCGUGGCCGGCUUCUCUUCUGGCUUUAUGGUCCUGUUGGACACCAGGACGGGCCUCAUCCUGCGGGGGUGGCCAGCACACGAGGGAGACAUCUUGCAGAUUAAGGCCACCGAGGGAAACACGCUCAUCAGUUCUUCCUCUGACCACUCGCUGACCGUCUGGAAGGAGCUGGAGCAGAAGCCGCUGCAGACUUACAAGUCCGCUUCCGAGCCGAUCCACGCCUUCGACCUCUACGGCAACGAGGUGGUGGCCGGCACCGUGGCAAACAAGAUUGGCGUCUACUCGCUCCAGGAGCCCUUGCCCCCGAGCGUCACCAAACUAAGCUCCGAGAACUUCCGGGGCACCUUAACCAGCCUGGCUGUUCUUCCCACCAAGUGCCAUCUUCUGCUGGGCUCAGACAACGGGACGGUUCGCCUCCUGGCAUAGCUCUUCUCCUCCGGGCAUCUGUGACGGAUUUCUGUUUAGGGACUGGAGCGGAGCCUCUGGCCAGCGGCAUGUCCCCCCCCCCCCAAUAUGGGAGGGGAGGGAGGGCGGGAACAGGCGGCCUGGUCGAAGCGUUCUUUCUGUUCCCCGGAGCCUCUCAGAAUGACGGAACCCAUUCCUAACAAGCCGGCUGCUGGGCAGCCAGAAGGCAGGAUCCUCCCAUCACCUCACGUGCCUAACUUUUUUUGGGAUCAAGGAGUGUCUCCCAGAGAAAACCCAGGGAGGAGGGGCCUGUAACUGCUCCUCCCCCAUGUAGCAUUUCCACUUCCUCAAGUCUGUUUGGGGAGGAGUGAACGUCUCCGGAAAAACUGAAAACGGGAGAUGAACCCGUCUUGCCAAGGGUGGAAGUGUGUGCAGGCUUUGUACCCGAAAGGGGGUGUUGGGGUGGGGAAGGUGGGCUCUUGUGGUCUCCCCACACCUCCCUGGCCCAUGCGCCUUUCCCAUGGGCUUGGACCGAGCCCUAGAAACCCCUUUUUGUAACCAGCUCUUACUCGCCUGUCCGGGCACCCAUUCCAUACCCACUGGCCAAGUUGUCAUUCUCCAGUGGGCUGGACUUUCCACCCACUCACACAGCAGUGGUCCAACUCUGUCUUGCCACUUUGAACACUGGUGUUCCACCAAGAGGCGGGGGGCAGCAGUAUAAGUGCUUGCUUUCAUUCUUCGCCUGGAGUGGGGAAAGGGCCAGCCCCUGGGUAGCUGAUUAAUUGCAAUGGAUUGUAUAAAUAUUCUAAUAAAACACUUUAGGAGCUGACGA